AUCUUUGCAUUGAAGGUUGGUAGGCAAGUAUGUGUCACAGACUUGAGACAAUGGAGAUAAGCCUCGAAUGGAAAUUCCCGUAACAGAUUAACAUUAUUGUGGGAUAUAUUCUGCAUUUGAGAGUCAUUAGGAAGUGGGUUCCAAUGAUUUGGUUAUUCCACCGUACCUGUUCAUUGUAAUCUUCAUGGAGGAAGGUUUAUGCUGUAAUGGGUUUUCGUGAUUAAAACAAAGAUAAAAGAUGAUCCUUUCGUACAAGUGUAAUAGUUGUUGAUGGUGUUGAUUGGAUGGUGAAAACAAACUUAGCUUCUUCUCCAUGAAUUAACGUUCUUUAUUUGAAUUACUUCCUUUUGGUUAGUGAAGUGUUUUCCUUUUUUUAUAUUUUUUAAAUUUACUUCCGUUUGGUUAGUGAAGUGUAGGCAUGAACAAUGAUAUAGAAUAGCCAUUUUGUUGCUGAAGCAAAGCUAUUAUGCAACAAUUUAAGGAACUUUGCAGUUUGGUUGUUAUGACGUUUAAAUUUUAGACAGUGAUUGCUUUAGCUACCAUUUGUUUCUUGUUAUCUAUGGCAUUUCCUAAGUUGGUUAUUAUGAAGUUCUAACAGAUGGAGUACGUGAGCCCAGAAGGUCUUCGCUUGGAUGGUCGGCGGCCCAUGGAAGUAUUUUUCCAUCUCUCAAUUUUCCGUUGUGUUGAAUCAUCACCAGUAUAAAGUUUCAAUUAUUUUUAUAAAAUAUAUAUUUUUUUCUGUGAUCCCAGAUGAGACAAAUUCGAGGAGAGAUUGGUGUUGUGGAAAAAGCCGAUGGGUUCUAAUUACUAAAACCUUGAUUCUUCUUUUCUAAUCCUUGUAAUUUUUUUUUUAAAGCUGAUCUUUCAUAUCAAAUUUCAGUUCUGCUGUGUUUGAGAUGGGAAACACCAAAGUCAUUGCUGCAGGGUAUGGCCCUCGAGAGGUUAGCUAAUUCUUUUUUCUUCAUUCUAUAAUUUCGAGCUAAAAUUUUAAUGAACUUGUGCGUGGUACUCAUUAUUAUUUAAAAUGUCUUGUCCAAUUUUCAAUUUAAAUUCAUUUUAGCUGUUAAUAUACUUUUGUUUUCUUGGUCCAAAAUAGGAGCCAGCAGAUGAAUGACAAGGCACUGGUGCGGUGUGAGUACACCAUGGCAAAUUUUAGUACUGGAGAUCGCAUGAGGAAACCAAAGGGUGUAUUCUAUUCUCUUUCAUUUUCAUACAUACAUGUUGGAUCAUCUUCAAUUUACAAUUUAACAUCAGAGUGUUGUAUCCAUAACUAAAUUAAACUAUAUAACUAAAAUGUACAUUUUUAUGCUCUCAGACGAUCCACAGAGAUUUCUCUUGUUAUUCGGCAAACCAUGGAAGCAUGCAUUAUGACACAUUUAAUGCCUCGGACUCAGGUUCCACUGAUGCAUCUUGGGAACUUUUCUUCCAUGAAUGUCUAGUUUGUUCUUUAUUGAGCCUUGUAUCCGUUUGUUGCAGAUUGAUAUUUUUGCGCAAGUUCUCCAAGCAGAUGGAGGAACUAGAUCAGCAUGUAUCAAUGCUGCAACCGUGGCCCUUUCAGAUGCUGGAAUUCCAAUGCGUGAUCUUGUUACUUCUUGUAGUGCCGGUUACCUUAAUAGCACACAUCUACUUGAUUUAAACUAUGUAGAAGAUAGUGCUGGAGGUGCUGAUGUCACUUUAGGUAUUAUGCCGAAGUUGGACAAAAUUACUCUUCUUCAGAUGGAUGCUAAAUUACCAUUGGAUAUUUUUGAAAAUGUAGUGCAACUUGCAAUUGAAGGCUGCAAGGCAGUUGCAACAUAUAUUCGAGAAGUAUUACUAGAGAAUACAAAGCAAUUGGAGUAUCGACGAGGCACUUAGUUUCAAAUCAUGAUUAAUGGUUGUUCGUAUGAAGUUGGAGGCGGCUGUAACAUGAAGACGGUGUUUGAUGGAGGAACUAGGC